AACUCACGAAGAAGAAGGUAGGGACCUUCAGAAGUAGGAACGACUGUUAACCACUACGAAGGACGCUUUGUUGGUAAAUGUUUACAGGAAGCAGAAUGGACAUGACUGCGCAGCCAGAUCACGCCUACACCAACACCAUGUGUGAUGGGAUUAUCCCGACGGAGUUCACUUAUAAAAUGAGCAACAAAGAAAUUGAAAACUUUGUGAAAUUGCGGGCCUCAAACAGUUACCUCUUCUCUGGAUUGAGAAAUAGUUCCAAGUGGGCAUGGAGGGCCAUCCUGAAACAUAUGGGCUUGCAUCACAGGAUGACCCAUCGUCAAGCCUCUAAAAAAUUUGAAAACCUGAAGAAGAGAUACAAGGAGUUGAAGAAUCCCCCACCAGGAGUCAAAGUGGUGCCUCAGUCAUGGCCUUUCUUCUCCCUGAUGGAUGAUGCCAUGGAGGGUCGACUGCAGAGCUCAGCCCCCAUCCUCAAGGCCCUUCCUAAUAACAGCAACGUUGGCGAUUUUUUAAUAGCACCCACACGCAAAAGGAGAAAGGUUUCCAACACGGGGGUGUCUUCUGCUGUAGAUGAGGCAGCGGCUAUUGCAGAGAUCGAGGUUCAGGUGUAUGGAGAUGAGGUUGAGACUGCUGCAACAGAGUUUGCAGAAAGUGAGGAGGUAAACGGUUCCAUUCAAGACGUGGACAUCAGCACGAACUGCGAGCCCCAAGAGAGAAAGAGUGAACAGCUGCUUAUGCAAAGAGAGAACCCGUAUCAGGACGUUGCAGCUCUGGACCGAGAGCGGGCGCUGCUGGACAGGGAGAGGGCGGCGACGGAGAGGGAAAGGGCCGUGAUGGAAAGAGAGAGAGCGGUGAUGGAGAGGGAGCGGGCCGUGAUGGAGAGGGAGAAGCUGAUGCUGGAGAAGGACAGAGACGCUCUGCGCAGCGAGAGGCUGACUCUGGAAAAGGAAAAAGCAAAGUGGCUGAGACUUAUGGUGCAAAAAGAGAGAACGGAGGAGGUCACAGAGGAUGACAGCAAGGUGAUGAACUCUGAUGCAGUGGAUAAAAGAGAGCGAGUUCUUUUUUUGUUGGAAAAAUUGGCAGAGAACAUUUAAAAAUAUAAAAUAAAAUUAAUACCAUGA